UCGCACUUUCGAAGAAGAGCACAUCGAUCAAGAUACCGCAGCCACACAAGCACAAAACGCAUUAUAUCCCUUGAACGACAAGAAAUACAAAAUCUACAAGGAUUGGCAACCUGAUUAUGAAGGCGGUUCUUCAGCGAGUGAUCAAUGCGUCCGUCACAGUGGACGGCAAGAUUAUUUCAUCGAUAGGUAAAGGUCUUCUUGUUCUGGUCGGUAUCGAUCGGUAUGACGAGCCGCAGGAUGCUACUCGAAUCAUCAAGAAGAUCCUGACUGCCCGACUAUGGGAAGAUGAGAACGGCGUAGCCUGGAAAAAGAACGUGAAAGACAUUGACGGAGAAGUGCUCUGCGUCUCUCAAUUCACACUGUUGGCUGGCUUCAAGGGAGCUAAACCCGAUUUCCAUGAAUCAAUGUCCACAGUCCCAGGAAAUGCAUUUUACAGUUCUUUCUUGAAGGAAAUCAAAACGGCGUACGAUCCAUCCAAGGUUCAAGAUGGUCAAUUUGGCGCGAUGAUGCAGGUAUCACUGACCAAUGAUGGUCCAGUAACCAUCCUUCUCUCUUCAAAGGACAAACCGGAAAAAAGCGGGACUACCACUUCCACUCCGUCAGCAACCGCUAGUGGUAUUUCAACACCCCUGGAAGGCAAAAAGAAGAACAAAGGAAGAGGGAAACUUCUGACGGAGAUCAAAGCUGAUCAACAACUCGGAGAGACAAACGGCGCUGAUUUCUCGGGGACCUCUCUCUCAGCUCAACAAGAGCAAGGUGUCAGUGCAGCAGAAGAUGAGAUUGGCAAAUUGAGUGUCAAUGAAAAUACGUCAUCACGGUGAACAUCGCAGUGAACAUGUACCACAAUUAUAGAUUAGAACCAUGAUCCGAAUCUCGUGCUUUAAAUAGAAUGUUAUCUUAUACUCCCGCAUCCUUUCCGCUUUCCGCAAUCCUUCGCCUAGUCGCCUCGUGCGCCUCUUCCGGAGAGCUUGGCUUCUUGAAGAAAAUAACAAACUGGAUACACAACACUGCCGUCCAAGCAAUUUGGAAGUAGAAUGAUCGACGGGCUGCCAUGUUCCAAUCAGCAACUCCGUCGCCUUCAAAUGACGCUUGGACCGCGAGUGUGAUGGCAGAAGCAACUUGAGCCUAUGGAAGUAUUAGUCUGGGCGGACAUAGACAAGCGUGGGGACAUACCAUGACCUGAACCCAGGCACCAGCUACGCCAGCCAUCUCUGGCGGACAAAAUAGGUCAAGAUAGCGCCGGCGCUACCAAGUAUAAAGGCAGGGAAACAGUAUCGCCAGUAAUCUUUGCCAUGCCCGCCAUUGGAAAAGAUCUGGAGAAGCUCGGCGGCGACGAUGACUGGGGAAAUAUGAGUUAAUAAAAAUUACAGGUAACGUUGCCAAAUUUACUCACAUAGACUACCCAAAGGCAGGAUAAAUUUGGGCUUGGUAAUUAUUUG